AGCCAGGCCUCCCUCUGCAGGCUCCUUUGGCAGGGAGAGGGAGCCCUUAAACAUGUCUGCCUGAAAGCACCCCUUGCAGGAUCAGCCCCUCCCCGGGUUGGCAGCACACUGGCCUCUUGCCCAAGGCUACCAGCAGCAGCAGAUUUACUUCUAAACAAUUAACGUGACCAUGGGAGAUAUGAAGACCCCAGACUUUGAUGACCUCCUUGCGGCAUUUGACAUUCCAGAUAUGGUUGAUCCUAAAGCUGCUAUUGAGUCUGGACAUGAUGAUCAUGAAAGCCACAUAAAACAGAAUGUGCAUCCUGAUGAUGAUUCCCAUACGGCGUCAUCGUCGGAUGUUGGCGUAAGUGUCAUUGUGAAAAAUGUGCGGACUAUCGAUUCCUCUGAAGGAGCAGAGAAAGAUGCCCACCAUUCCACAGGCAAUGGUUUGCAUAAUGGGUUUUUAACUGUAUCAGCUCUGGAAGGUUAUAAUAAAGAGGAAGGCAAAUCUCUCAAGGAUGAAGGCUUGGUUUCAGAGACAGCACUCAAAGAGUCUGCCUUCAACCAAUUUAGCCCCAUCUCAAGUGCUGAAGAAUUUGAUGAUGAUGAAAAAAUCGAGGUCGAUGACCCCCCAGAUAAAGAAGAGAUGCGUGGAAACUUCAGAGCAAAUGUAUUAACAGGGUCUGUCUCUCAGCAGGACUAUGAGAAGUUAAAGGUACUUGGAGGAGAAAGCCUGAUUAAACCUGGAGUUGCAGGUUCAGGUAAUGCUGAUAAAAACAAGGUAGUUAAAAGAGACUCAGAAACAAACUCAAUGCCUUUAGGGAUGUAUGAACCGUUUAAAGCAAGAAAAAUAGAUGAUAAGCUGCUGAAAGAAAAUCCUGAAAAACUACUUGAAAAUAGAGUACUUGAUGGAAAAAUAGGCGCUGAGAAAGGAGAAGCAAACCUUUCCAGUAUUUCACAGUCUAAAGCAAAGUCAUCAGCAAAACUCUCCUCAUGUAUUGCAGCAAUUGCAGCGCUUAGUGCUAAAAAAGCAGCAACGGACACUGGUAAAGACCUGCAGUCUAAUUCAAGGGAGACUUCUCCCUUGCCAAAAGAGACAAAUGAAAGUCCUAGGGCCAUUGACAAAUCACCAGAACCCCAGAGUCUCAUUGACUGUGCUAAAAAGCCCUCUGUUAAACAACCUGAUAGCCCCAGGAGUGUAUCAAGUGAAAAUAGCAGCAAAGGGUCUCCAUCUUCACCUGCAGGCUCGACACCAGCAAUUCCAAAAGUUCGCAUAAAAACCAUCAAGACAUCAUCUGGAGAAAUCAAGAGAACGGUUACAAGAGUGUUGCCUGAAAUUGAUUUGGACAGCGGUAGGAAACCAGAGCAAACGGUUUCCAUGGUGGCUUCCAUGACAUCAUUGCUAUCCUCCCCGACUUCUGCUGCAGUCCUUUCUUCUCCCCCUAGGGCACCUCUUCAGUCCACGGUUGUCACCAAUGCUGUUGCUUCUGCAGAACUUGCUCCAAAACAGGUCACUAUUAAGCCUGUGGCUACUGCUUUUCUUCCAGUAUCAGCCGUUAAGACAGCAGGAUCCCAGGUUAUCAACCUGAAACUCGCUAACAACACUACGGUGAAAGCCACGGUAAUAUCCGCUGCUUCGGUGCAGAGUGCCAGCAGUGCCAUUAUUAAAGCUGCCAAUGCUAUACAGCAGCAGACUGUUGUGGUGCCAGCGUCAAGCCGUGCCAGUGCAAAACUUGUGCCAAAGACGGUCCAUCUUGCCAACCUUAAUCUACUGCCUCAAAGUGCUCAGACCACCUCCGAACUCCGCCAAGUGCUCACCAAACCUCAGCAACAGAUCAAGCAGGCAAUAAUUUCUGCAGCAGCUUCGCAGCCUUCAAAAAAAGUGUCUCGGGUCCAGGUGGUGUCCUCUUUGCAGAGCUCUGUGGUCGAAGCUUUCAACAAGGUGCUCAGCAGUGUUAACCCUGUCCCGGUUUACAUUCCAAACCUCAGUCCCCCCGCAAAUGCGGGGAUCACUUUGCCCACGCGUGGUUAUAAGUGUUUGGAGUGUGGCGACUCGUUUGCCCUUGAAAAGAGUCUGACGCAACACUACGAUAGGAGGAGCGUGCGGAUUGAAGUCACCUGCAACCAUUGCACAAAGAACCUUGUUUUCUACAACAAAUGCAGCCUCCUCUCCCAUGCUCGUGGACAUAAAGAGAAAGGGGUGGUAAUGCAGUGUUCCCAUUUGAUUUUGAAACCGGUUCCAGCAGAUCAGAUGAUAGCUUCAACUACAAGCAAUACUUCCAUUACAUCAUCCCUACUUCAAAGUCCCAUCGGAGUGGGCACCCAUACUGUAACAAAGAUACAAUCCGGCAUAACUGGGACAGUCAUAUCGGCUCCUGCAAGUACUCCUGUUCCUCCAGCUAUGCCUCUGGAUGAAGACUCCUCGAAACUAUGCAGGCAUAGCCUGAAGUGUUUGGAGUGCAAUGAAGUUUUCCAAGACGAGACGUCUCUAGCGACACACUUCCAGCAGGCUGCCGACUCAAGUGGACAAAAGACCUGCAGCAUAUGCCAGAUGUUGCUUCCAAACCUGUGCAGUUUUGCAUCACAUCAGAGAAUUCAUCAGCAUAAAUCACCAUACACGUGUCCCGAAUGUGGUGCAAUCUGCAGAUCAGUUCACUUCCAGACCCAUGUCACGAAGAACUGCCUACACUACACUCGAAGAGUUGGAUUCCGCUGCGUCCACUGCAAUGUGGUGUACUCUGAUGUGGCAGCACUCAAGUCCCACAUUCAAGGUUCUCACUGUGAAGUCUUCUACAAGUGUGCCAUUUGCCCGAUGGCCUUCAAAUCGGCACCCAGCACACAUUCUCAUGCCUAUACGCAGCACCCUGGAAUCAAGAUAGGGGAACCUAAAAUCAUAUACAAAUGUUCCAUGUGCGACACAGUGUUUACCCUGCAGCCUUUGCUGUAUCGCCACUUUGACCAACACAUCGAAAACCAGAAGGUGUCUGUCUUCAAGUGUCCAGACUGUUCUCUUUUGUAUGCACAGAAGCAACUCAUGAUGGAUCAUAUCAAGUCUAUGCACGGGACACUGAAAAGUGUUGAGGGGCCACCGAAUCUGGGUAUCAAUUUGCCGUUGAGCACGAAGCCCACCACUCAGAACUCGGUCAGUCACAACAAAGAGGACUCCAAAUCCAUCAACGGGACAGAAAAGGCAGAGAAGAAGACCCCCUCCCCUGUGAAGAAAGCAGAUCCCAAAAAAGUGCCCAAUCCUGGCUGGACGUGCUGGGAUUGUGAUCGGCUGUUUACUCAGAGAGAAGUUUACAUAUCUCACAUGAGGAAAGAACAUGGAAAGCAAAUGAAGAAGCAUCCUUGUCGACAGUGCGACAAAUCUUUCAGUUCGUCGCACAGUCUUUGCCGCCAUAAUCGUAUCAAACACAAAGGCAUUAGGAAAGUUUACACCUGCUCGCACUGCCCAGAUUCAAGGCGUACUUUUACCAAGCGAUUGAUGCUAGAGAAACAUAUUCAGUUGAUGCAUGGCAUUAAGGAGCCCGAUGUGAAAGAGAUGACAGAAUCAACCAACGCGGGAGAAAGUGAAAUCAAAAAAGACACCAAGGUUCCCAGUCCAAAGCGUAAAUUGGAAGAGCCCGUGCUGGAGUUCCGCCCCCCUCGAGGCGCCAUCACUCAGCCGCUGAAGAAAUUAAAAAUCAAUGUUUUUAAAGUUCACAAAUGUGCCGUCUGUGGCUUCACAACAGAGAACCUCCUUCAGUUCCACGAACAUAUCCCCCAACACAAAUCCGACGGCUCUUCUUACCAGUGCCGAGAAUGUGGCCUCUGUUAUACCUCCCACGUCUCUCUCUCCAGGCAUCUCUUCAUAGUGCACAAGCUGAAGGAACCUCAGCCUGUCUCGAAGCAGAACGGGUCUGGAGAAGACAGUCAGCAAGAAAACAAACCUAGCCGCGAGGAGGAGGAGGAGUCUGACCACGCCACGUCGGACAGGAAGUGCAAAGUUUGCGCAAAGACUUUUGAGACGGAAGCCGCCUUAAACACCCACAUGCGGACACACGGAAUGGCCUUCAUUAAAUCCAAACGAAUGAGUUCGGCUGAGAAAUGACCCGCCUCUUCUCCGUCCCACACACAUUUUCC